UCGGGGAACAUUUUCAUCUUUGUCAGAACCGCAGAAAUUUUCAACUGAAAGUGAAGUCUUCACUUACUUGUUUUCUGUUCAAGCCAAUUUGAAGCCCCCGCGCGAGCGGAUCGAUAGCUUGGAUGUGCCCCUGCAUGCGUGCGUGUAGGGGAAUGCACUCACAACAGGAGGAGGCGGCGACGGAGGAGAAAGAGGAGGUGGGUGGAGUUCGCAGUUUGCGCUCCACCGCCGGCGCACCUCGCAUUCGUCGCCUGCCGUGGAGUCCUGGAGGCUGAUGUGAGCCAGCUGCAGCCGUCAACUUUUCAAGCUCUUUCUUCCGCGGACAGCACUCAGAAGGCUCCCCUGUACCGGAGCACCGGAUCUCACCACUCCGCCUGGGCUGGCUUUCCCGGCAGCAUGGAGGGUGACGUGAUGGAUAAAGUGGAGUCCACAGCGACGACGGUGUGUGACUUGGACCCCAACAGCGGGAGCAUCCCGGCUACCAAAGUGGAGAUCACCGUCUCCUGCAGAAAUCUCUUGGACAGAGACACCUUUUCCAAAUCCGACCCACUGGUGGUGUUGUACACACAGGGUGUGGAGUGCAAACAGUGGCGAGAGUUUGGGAGAACGGAAGUGAUAGACAACACGCUGAACCCAGACUUUGUCAGGAAAUACAUCCUGGACUACUUCUUUGAAGAGAAGCAGAACCUGCGCUUUGACGUGUUUGAUAUUGAUUCGAGAAGUCCCGAUUUGGCCAAGCAUGACUUCCUGGGACAGGUCUACUGCACACUGGGAGAGAUUGUGGGCUCUCCUGCGAGUCGCCUGGAAAAGUCUCUGAGUGGAAUACCCGGGAAGAAAUGUGGGACCAUUAUCUUGUCUGCUGAGGAACUUGGCAACUGCAGAGACUACACCACCAUGCAGUUUUGUGCCAACAAGCUGGACAAGAAAGACUUCUUUGGGAAGUCAGACCCCUUCAUGGUUUUCUACAGGAGCAAUGAGGAUGGCACGUUCACCAUCUGCCACAAGACUGAAGUGGUGAAGAACACGCUGAACCCCGUGUGGCAGCCCUUCUCCAUCCCUGUGCGGGCACUCUGCAAUGGAGACUACGACAGAACAAUCAAAGUGGAAGUCUAUGACUGGGACAGAGAUGGAAGCCACGACUUCAUUGGUGAAUUCACAAGUAGCUACAAAGAGUUAUGUCGGGGUCAGAGCCAAUUAAACGUCUAUGAGGUGGCGAAUGCCAAGAAGAAGCUCAAGAAAAAGCGAUACGUCAACUCUGGGACGGUGUCCUUGAUGUCAUUCAGCGUGGAGUCAGAGCACACUUUCCUGGAUUACAUUAAAGGAGGGACACAGAUUCACUUCACGGUGGCCAUUGAUUUCACUGCAUCAAAUGGCAAUCCGUCUCAGUCCACUUCGCUUCACUACAUGAACCCGUACCAGAUGAACGCCUACGCCAUGGCCCUGAAAGCGGUGGGCGAGAUCAUCCAGGACUAUGACAGUGAUAAGAUGUUCCCUGCUUUGGGAUUUGGUGCUAAGCUGCCCCCUGAUGGGAGGGUCUCCCAUGAGUUCCCCCUGAAUGGCAACCUAGAGAACCCUUACUGCAACGGCAUGGAGGGGAUUCUGGACGCUUACCAUCAAAGCCUUAAGACGGUGCAGUUGUACGGACCCACCAACUUUGCUCCUGUUGUCAAUCAUGUGGCAAGGUACGCAGCGGCGGUGCAGGAUGGCUCUCAGUACUUUGUGCUCCUCAUCAUCACGGACGGCGUCAUUUCGGACAUGGCACAAACCAAGGAGGCCAUCGUGAACGCGGCCAAACUGCCCAUGUCAAUCAUCAUCGUUGGAGUCGGACAAGCUGAGUUUGACGCCAUGGUGGAGCUGGAUGGUGACGACAUCAGGAUUUCGUCACGCGGAAAGUUGGCUGAGAGAGACAUUGUACAGUUUGUCCCAUUCAGGGACUACAUGGACCGCACAGGCAAUCACGUCCUGAGCAUGGCCCGGCUGGCCAAGGACGUCCUGGCCGAGAUCCCCGACCAGCUCAUCUCCUACAUGAAGAGCAGAGCCAUCAAGCCCAACCUCGUCCCACCACCGCCAUAUUCGCCCGGGGACCGCUCCCAAAGCAAUGCCGUGUGAAGCCCCUCGCUCUGCUUUCUUGGGAGGGGCAUGGCCUGCUAAUGAAGAGUCAAACCAAGGACGGAUGUGACUCCUUUGUGGGACAGCUUGAAAUAUUGACACGCUCACGACGGAGCUUUUAUUGUUUCCUGUCCAAGUCGUGAGUGAUGUCACGGAUGGCGAGGGCGGGCGUAAGUAUAUUAUUAGAAUGUGCCAUCUUGUACCAUGUUUGUGAUACCUUUUGCAAUUGAUGUGUCUAGAAAAUCAAAAUGUAUUCUGAUUUAUUGCAUUUAUUAUCUUGGGGUGGGCUUUUAGACAGGGGGGUCAAAAUUCAUAUUUUCCCUGUAGUUUUCCAUCCUAUAUUUUUUGGCUUGUCUUAUUGUAAUAUUGAUCCAAUUCCCCCAAAAUAGCAAUUUCUAUUUUGAUAAGGACUGUAAUAUAUAUAUAUAUAUAAUGCUGAACAUAUAUAUUCAGCAUUUUAUGAAUUGUUAUGGAGCAUUUCUGAGUGCAAGUUGCUAUGAACUCUUGCCAUACUUAAUCUAAUGAUUUUUUUUCCCUCCUGUUUCUAAUAUUUAUAUCAAAACAAUGCACUAAUUACAACCCAAGUCAAAAGCACAAAGGUUAUGACGUUAAUAAUAAGCUAAAUAUUCCUGUUGACCAAAAGGAUGAUUUCACCAUUCUUUGCAUCUUUUAAUUGCUCGUAUACACAGAAACAAAUGCUAAUGUUAAUGCUACUUCAUUGCAUUUAGCUAAGCCACACCCCCUGAAGUAACGAUUGGCCAAUCAAAGCACAGCAAGAGACAUGCCAAAGGUUUCCGGUCCAUUCAUGCAAGGACAAUUGACUGUCCAUUAUUUGUAUUGGAUAGUUUUUAAAGAGUCCUCCAAAGAAACAAAAGAGUGAUGCCAGUCUCACUAUAAAAAAUUAACUCACACACCACAAAGAUAAUCACAUAAUUUACUGUUACAUUUUUUUAAGUGAUCCAGCGUGUACAAGGACAUUCUUUCUCACGAAUUAUAAUUAUUAUUUCAUCACAUUACACAGUUUAACAUAAAAGCAACAGCCCAUUUUACAGUGAGAUGAAAAAGUAUUUGAACCCCCCUUCUCAACCCCCCUUGUAUUUUUGCAUAGUUUAACCACUUUAAUGUUAAAGAUCAUCAAACAACUGUAAAUAGACAAAUAUAACCCAAGCGAACUUAAAAUGCUGUUUUUUUUGUUGUUGUCAUUGUUAGUGGUUUGUUGUUUUUUUUGUCCUGUUUGACUGUUAGGUCAAGCAGAAAGGACGUUCUUUAUCCCUUUUAUGACAGAACAGUUUUACUGUGUCACAGUGGACUUUUUAAGAUGCCACUGUGGUUUCUUAGUAUUUUGAUGGAUAUUUAUUGACAAUCAAAGUCGAUCAGUUGACCAGAACAAGGUUUCUAGAGGGGAGUGAGAAAAGAAGACAACAAAAGACAGAGCACUAACUGUAAACAAGAUGAAAGUAAAUCAUUAUAUACCUAGAACAAUGACACAUUACUGUCAGUGAGUGUUGUAUGGGCCAGUAGUGCUACACCCUGUGAGGGAAGGGCAGGAGAAGAUAGGACAGGACAAGGACAGGAGGGGAAGCAUGCAGAACAAGGGUUGUGAACCCGGCUGUACAACUGAAGUGUGGUGUGAGUGGCUAUGCAAAUUAUAAAUGUCUGUAAGACCACAGUGUGAGUGAAGCAAUACCCAAUAAAUUUGCAUAGUGAUAAGUUAUGUGUCACAAUGAGUGAGUGGCCCCACACCCAGCGAAUAAGUCCUAGGGGUGUGUGCCUGCGGACACAUACAAGUGAAUUGACAGUUUCGCAUGCACAAUGACCAUCAGAAGUGUCCUGUAAUUACUGUGCCUGUCGCGCGGGGGCCGCGGACCUCACACCACCCAAUCGAGAGGCGGGGUCAGGCUCAGGAGUCCACCCGAGAGCGGCCCGGUGGACGGGACACGUCCUACACCAAGGGAUCCAGGGCGGUCCAUCGGCCCCACCGAGGCGCCCCGAAAACCGGCCACCUCGAGGAGGCCUCAGUGACCCGAUGCCAACCCCCAAAAGGAACUCAGAACAACUUCUAAAGAACUGCCUACCUUGCUUCAGUUUAAGUCGGUGUUCAUGGCAUAACAGUAAGGAAGAGACUGGGCAAAAAUGGCUGACCAAAGAGAAUAUAAAGGCUUGUCUUAUCUUGCAAAAAAUCGUCUGAAUGAUUCCGAAGACUUUUGGGAGGAUAUUAUAUGGCGUGACGAGAUGAAAGUUGAGCUUUUUGGAAGGUGUGUGUCUUGUUACAUCUGGCGUAAAUGUAGCACAACAUUUCAGAAAAAGUACAUCAUACCAGCAGUCAAACAUGGUGUGAUGGUCUUUGGCUGCUUUUCUCCUUCAGUACCUGGACAACUGGCUGUGAUUGAUGGAACCAUGAAUUCUGCUCUUUAACAGAAAAUCCUGAAGGAGAAUGUUCGGCCAUCAGUUUGUCAACUCAAGCUGAAGCUCACUUGGGUUCUGCAGCAGGAUAAAGCUCCAAAACACACCAGACAGACAAAAGACAAAAUGAACGAUUUGGAGUGGCCUAGUCAAAGUCCCGACUUGAAUCCUAUUGAAAUGGAGUGGCUUGACCUUAAAAAGGACGUACAUCCUCAAAAAACCCCCAUUUUUGUCAAACAAUUCUGCAAGGAGGAGUGGGCCAAAAUAUCUCCGCAGAGAUGUGAAAGACUCAUUGGCAGUUAGAGAAAACACUUGAUUUCAGUUGUUGCUGCUGAGGAUGUCCCAACAAGUUAUUAGGUUUAGGGGGCCAUUACUUUUUCACACAGUGCGAGGUAACGUUGAAUAGUUUUUUUCCUUAAUAAAUGAAAUAACCAUUUAAAAACAGCAUUUUAAGUUCACUGGGGCUAUAUUUGCCUGAUAUUUACAUUUGUUUGAUAAUCUUAAACAAAGUGAGGAAACUAAGCAGAAAUGUAAGAAUUUGAGAAGGGGCCCAAUACUUUUUCACGACGCUGAAUGUGUUAUUUCUCAAAUAGUGAACAGUACAGCGGUACCACGCCCAGCGUGAGAAGCUAAGGUCUGGUAGACACAGAAGGAUUUUUCCAAUCAAUGAUUGUUUUAUUUUUGACAUACAUGACAUACAUACAUGAAGAUAACAAAAUCAGGCAUUUAACAGUUUUCACGAGUGAUCUCAUAAAAAUGAUGAGCAGACAGUUUCGGAUAUGCGCCGAUGUUUGCGGAAUGUUGCUGAAGGCUGCCAGAGGGGAGAGCAUUGUAAAAUGGUGAUGUCGUCAAAAAAAAAGACUUGCUUUGGAAAAUACUUCUUGCCAUCUAGAGAAAGAACUUUCAUUGAAAAAAAAAACACCAUUGGGUAAGACAUUUGUUUUUAUUUGUAGUUUUUGUUUGUCAGUCUAGGUUGGUUCUUUGAAUUGGCUACAUUCCAUUUCAUGUACGUUCACGGAUUUGUGACUCGAGAGUAGUCUGCUUUGUCCAUACACAUGAACCGUUUUGGUCGUCCAUCCAUCCAUCCAUCCAUUGUCUUCCGCUUAUCCGAGGUCGGGUCGCGGAGGCAGCAGUCUCAGCAGGGAAGCCCAGAUUUCCCUCUCCCCAGCCACUUCCUCGAGCUCUUCCAAGGGGAUCCCAAGGCGUUCCCAGGCAAGCCGAAAGACAUAGUCUCUCCAGCGUGUCCUGGGUCGUCCCCGGGAUCUCCUCCCGGUGGGACGUGCCCGGAACACCUCACCAGGGAGGCGUCCAGGAGGCAUCCUAAACAGAUGCCAGAGCCACCUCAUCUGGCUCCUUCCAAUGCGGAGAAGCAGCGGCUCUACUCUGAGCCCCUCCCAGAUGAACGAGCUUCUCACCUUAUCUCUAAGGGAGAGCCCGGACACCCUGCGGAGGAAACUCAUUUCGGCCGCUUGUAUCUGGGAUCUUGUUCUUUCGGUCAAGACCCACAGCUCGUGACCAUAGGUGAGGGUAGGAACGUAGAUCGAUCGUUAAAUCGAGAGCUUCGCCUUUCGGCUUAACUCCUUCUUUACCACAACGGAUCAAUACAAAGUCCGCAUCACUGCAGACGCUGCACCGAUCCACCUGUCGAUCUCCUGUUCCUCCUCCACUUGGGGCAGGAUCUCAUCCCCGACCCGGAGAGGGCACUCCACCCUUAUCCGACUGAGGACCAUGGUCUCAGAUUUGGAGGUGCUGAUUUUCAUCCCAGGCGCUUCAUACUCGGCUGAAAAUCGCUCCACUGAGAGUUGGAGAUUACGGCUUGAUGAAGCCAACAGAACCACAUCAUCUGCAAAAAGCAGAGAUGCAAUACUGAGGCCACCAAACCAGACCCCCUCUACGCCUCGGCUGCGCCUAGAAAUUCUGUCCAUAAAAGUUAUGAACAGAAUUGGUGACAAAGGGCAGCCUUGGCGGAGUCCAACCCUCACCGGCAACGGAGUCCGACUUACUGCCGGAAAUGCGGACCAAACUCUGAUUACAGUCGUACAGGGACCGAACAGCCCGUAUCAGGUGGUUCGGUACCCCAUACUCCCGAAGCACCCCCCACAGGACUCCACGAGGGACACGGUCGAACACCUUCUCCAAGUCCACAAAACACAUGUAGACUGGUUGGGCGAACUCCCAUGCACCCUCGAGGACCCUGCCGAGGGUGAAGAGCUGGUCCACUGUUCCACGGCCAGGGCGAAAAACCACACUGCUCCUCUUGAAUCUGAGAUUUGACUUCCCGGCGGACCCUCCUCUCCAGCACCCCUGAAUAGACCUUACCAGGGAGGCUGAGGAGUGUGAUCCCCCUGUAGUUGGCACACACCCUCCAGUCCGCCUUCUUAAAAAGGAGGACCACCAUCCCAGUCUGUCAAUCCAGAGGCACUGUCCCCGAUGUCCAUGCGACGUUGCAGAGGCGUGUCAACCAGGACAGCCCCACAACAUCCGGAGCCUUUAGGAACUCCGGGUGAAUCUCAUCCACCCCCAGUGCCUUGCCACCGAGGAGCUUUUUAACUACCUCGGUGACCUCAAACCCAGAAAUAGGAGAGCCCACCUCAGAGAACCCACACUCUGCUUCCUCAAGGGAAGGCGUGUCGGUGCAAGUGAGGAGGUCUUCGAAGUAUUCUCCCCACCGAUUCACAACGUCCCGAGUCGAGGUCAGCAGCGCCCCAUACCCACUAUACACAGUGUUGAUGGUGCACUGCUUCCCCCUCCUGAGACGCCGGAUGGUGGACCAGAAUUUCCUCGAAGCCGCCCGGAAGUCGUUCUCCAUGGCCUCACCGAACUCCUCCCACGCCCGGGUUUUUGCCUCAGUGACCACCAAAGCCACAUUCUGCUUGGCCAGCCGGUACCCAUCAGCUGCCUCAGUCCCACAGGCCAAAAAGGCCCGAUAGGACUCCUUCUUCAGCUUGAAGGCAUCCCUCACUGCUGGUGUCCACCAAUGGGUUCAGGGAUUGCCGGCAUGACAGGCACCGACUGCCUUACGGCCACAGCUCCGGUCGGCCGCCUCGGCAAUAGAGGCACGGAACAUGGUCCACUCGGACUCAAUGUCCCCCGCCUCCCCCGAGACAUGGGUGAAGUUCUGCCAGAGGUGGGUGUUGAAACUCCUUCUGACAGGGGAUUCUGCCAGACGUUCCCAGCAGACCCUCACAAUACGUUUGGGUCUGCCAGGUCAGACCGGCAUCUUCGCCCACCAUCGGAGCCAACUCACCACCAGAUGGUGAUCAGUUGACAGCUCCGCCCCUCUCUUCACCUGAGUGUCAAAGACAUGCGGCCGCAACUCCGAUGACACGACCACAAAGUCGAUCAUCGGACGGCGACCUAGGGUGUCCUGGUGCCAAGUGCACGUGUGGACACCCUUAUGCUUGAACAUGGUGUUCGUUAUGGACAAUCCGUGGUGAGCACAGAAGUCCAAUAACAGAACACCACUCGGCUCCUAGGAUCAUUGGGACACACAAACCCUUCCACCACGAUAAGGUGACGGCUCAAGCAUGGGCAACUGAAUUUAAAUAACUAUUUUAAAAUGUCAUCUUUAACCUUUCAACACAGCACAACUAUUA